AUUAGUGCACGCCCCUCCAGCCUCUCGCCCGCCAGAUAAGCGUUGAAUUCGUGUCACACGCCUCGCCACUGGCUUUGCUUAUUCUUUUGCUUGACUGAUUCUUGUUUCGCACCUCGUGUUUCCCUCCCACCAUGGCCUCCAAACCGUCGCCUCCGCAAGUGCGUGAGAAAGUAGAUCUGCUCAUCAAUAAUCUGGUCAACAUCAAAGAUGCCACCGGUCAGUUCCUGCUGCGUCUGCAGGACGGUCGAGUCAUCGACACUAAAUCCUGGCACGGCUGGGAAUGGACGCACGGGAUUGGUCUAUACGGCAUCUGGAAGUAUUACGAGAUGACCGGCAACCCCGACCUUCUGCGCAUCAUCGAGGACUGGUUCGCCGCUCGCUUCGCCGAAGGCGGCACGACUAAAAACAUCAACACGAUGGCCGUGUUCCUGACUCUGGCCUACGUCUACGAAAAGACAGGCAACGUCACCUACCUCCCCUGGCUCGACGCCUGGGCCGAAUGGGCCAUGCACGACCUCCCGCGCACUCGCUACGGAGGCAUGCAACACGCAACCUACCUAACCGAGAACUACCAACAGCUUUGGGACGACACGCUCAUGAUGACCGUGCUCCCGCUCGCCAAGAUCGGCAAGCUGCUCAAUCGCCCUGCCUACAUCGAGGAAGCCAAGCGCCAGUUCCUCGUCCACAUCAAGUACCUCUUCGACACGCGCUCGGGGCUCUUCUACCACGGCUGGACAUUCGAAGACGGCGGUCACAACUUCGCCGAUGCCCGCUGGGCCCGCGGAAACAGCUGGAUCACCAUCGUCAUCCCCGAGAUCAUCGAGCUGCUGGACCUCCAGCCCAGCGACCCCCUUCGCAUCCACCUCCUCGACACCCUCGAGGCCCAAUGCGAGAGCCUCCAGCGUCUUCAGGACCCCUCAGGCGCCUGGCACACUCUUCUCGACCACGCAGACUCCUACGCUGAGGCCUCCGCCACGGCGGGCUUCGCGUACGGUAUCCUGAAGGCCGUCCGGAAGAGGUAUCUGGGGCCUCAGUAUCGCGAGGUCGCGGAGAAAGCCAUCACCUCUGUUCUAGGCUAUGUUGAUGCUGCCGGCGAGUUGCAGAACACAAGCUUCGGAACGGGUAUGGGUGAUAGCUUGGAGUUCUACAAGUUGAUUCCGUUGACGGCGAUGCCGUAUGGGCAGGCAAUGGCUAUCAUGGCCUUGGGUGAGUAUCUUCGGGGGACGUUAUAGACUGGUUGAUAUGAUGUGACGUGAUGUAUGUGAUGUGAUGAUACAUUUGUUUUCUUGUGAAUAGUAUAUAUAUCAAUGCAUAUAGAUGGCUCAUGGUUCAUGAUUCAUGGUUCUUCGUUGUUGCAGUUUCGACUUUUGUCCUGAAUAGACCGUUUC